AUGGCACAUUGGGCAAAAUCAAAUGACUGUCCUGAUAACAUUGCUUGUUUUGAUGAGGUCGGUUCUGUGCAGUUUGAUAACCAGUCACUGAAAUCUCUGCUUUCUCCAAAUACAUCUUUAACAGGCAUUCAGAGAAAACUGAAGUUAAUUGGCCUUGCCCUUGCUGUACUAUAUGUUGUUGUCCUGGGCAUUCUAAUGCUUGUUAUUGGAUUCAAAGUUCAGAAUUCAAACUACGAAAAAGACAUUCAGGAACUGGCCGAAACGCAGCAAGGAGAAAAUAAUGCAUGGACGACUUAUGAAUCUUCUACUAUUCUUAAGGAGUUUGUCCAGAACCUUUCUGCUUUCAGAUAUGAACUUUUCAUGAACGCCCAGAAUCUACUUAAGUUAAAGCAAAACAUGCAGGAUAACAACAUGAUGUUUAAUAAAAUGCAGAAAACAGUGGAACAAUUAAUAGCAACCAUGGAAAAUGUUAAGAGUAAAGUAGAAUAUGCCAAUUCAACAUCCUUUGAAAACCUGUACAUGAUGCAAGAGAUAGAGAAGGAAUUUGGUAUUGUAAAGCUGACAGUGGGAAUAAAGGGGCUUUUUACUGACACCUUUGUGUCUAUUAAAAUAAUGGUUACUGAGGUGCAGAUAAACCUCACUUCACUGGAGUUAAAUUACACUGGGUACUUUCAGUGUCCUCCUGGUCCAAAGGGAGAAAAGGGAGACACAGGUAUGAAAGGUGAUACAGGUGCCCCAGGAUUUCCAGGAUUAAGAGGAUUUCCGGGCCCCAAAGGGGAAAAAGGACUAAAUGGACUUCCAGGAUCAAAAGGAAGCUCUGGAAUUCCAGGUCCACCAGGACAAAAGGGUGAAAAGGGAGAAAAUGGAGAAGUGACCUCCAGCAACACCACCGCACCAUUAGUCCGAUUGGUUGGCGGCUCAAGUGCCCGCCUAGGAAGAGUUGAAGUUUUACACAAUGGAGAAUGGGGCACAGUGUGUGAUGAUCACUGGAAUCUUCAAGAUGGUAAAGUUAUUUGCAAGAUGCUGGGAUACACUGGUGCUGCUCAAAUAUACGUAUAUGCCUACUUUGGCCAAGGACUCGGGCGAAUAUGGAUGGAUGAUGUUGAAUGCAAUGGAAAUGAAAAAUCAAUCUUUGAAUGCAAAUUUAAAGGUUGGGGACAGACAAAUUGCAGACAUAGUGAAGACGCUGGAGUCCGCUGUCAAGUAGAACCUCAAAGUUCAAAAUAUAGUUUUAUAGUACAUAUGCUUCGUUCAUUAAAUUUCUUUCUAAUUGUUUGAAGUUGUUGAAGGCUGUCAGUCGAAUUAAGGAGUUUCUCAUCAAUUAAAGUGGACAAUUACUUUCACUUUCCAUUCAGCACUUCCUAGAUGUCACAUGCGCUCCCCACAUUCCCCUGUUCUCUUCACCAUUUAAAUCUGUAGCCAGGGCAUGGGGAUGGA